UUCACCCUUCUCAAUCAUCUUUCUCAAAUUUCUUUCACCCUUCUCAAUCUCAUCACUUUCUUCCCUCUCUCCUUCGACAGCUGCCGCCACCACCACCAGCAUACAUCAGAUUCUUCCAUCCCUGUCGUCGUCGUCAGUUUCUUCCAUCCCUUUUUGAAUAUGUAAUGUGUUUGUUUGUGUUUCUUUUGCUUUAGAUCUAUUUGUCGUCCGCAUCCUUAACCUCUUUUUAAUGGGAAAACUGAAGUGCUCACAAACCAAGAGAUUUGGGACCGAUCUUACACAAAAACCCGUCGGAACAUCGCUACCUUGUCGUAAGAUCAGCCCCGACGCCAGUCGGGACAUCUGUACCCCUUUAUCGAUUUAUUCUCAAUCUUGUAAUUUAUUGAAGUCGCACGCACCGUAAGCCUUCCUCGUGGCCUGCUCCACGACCCAGAGAAAGAAGCCUAACUUUUCAUUCCUCCUCAAAGGUCAUGUUCAUGGGCGUGUCCUAGACAUUGGUGGAGUUUUCAUUUUUUAUCGAUCUUUAGGCAUUUAGAUUCUCUUGGAGUGGAGGAUCAAAAGGAUGUAAAGAUGGGCUAUUCCAUCAUUUUUAGUUUCAAUGAGAAUCCUUAUUUUGAAGAUAGAAAGCUAGAGAAGACAUAUACAUUCUUUGAAGAUGAAGCAAUUAAAAUUACUGGAACAACAAUCAAGUGGAAGGAUGGCUCGGGUGCCUCAAACGGAGUUAAUGGUGAGAAGAAAGGGAAGAAACGACCGCUGACUGAAGACAGCUUCUUCAGUUGGUUUGGUGAAACCGAUCAAAAGGAUAUCACUGAGCUUCAUGAUGAAGUAGCUGAGAUAAUUAAAGAGGACCUAUGGCCCAAUCCUUUGAAAUAUUUCAACAAUUCGCCAACGCGUGUGAACUCGUCGUCGUGCUAUCAUCGGAGGCAGCUUCUUCCGUUGACGCAUCGCGCUCGUGCCUCACGUGGAACACUCACCCUCCUCACCACCGGCACGUUACCGGCUCGGGAUGUCCGCAAGCAGGUGGUACAAUUGCCAUGGAUGCUGAUGCUACAGCAGCAUUGCGCAAACGGGGAGUUGCUUCAACAGAUGACAAAUUCAAAUUUAUUUGGUUCAAGAGGGCUGAGGGAGAGAAAAGCCAAGUUCCAAGCCAAGGAGAUUACAAAAGGGUCUUCACGGUGGCAAUAAGAGAAGAUUAUAAGACUCAAAGGGUGUGUGGAAUUGGCAAUAAGAGCACGAGGAAGACCAUGGUCGCGCCAAUAGAAUUCUUUCCUGUCCUGAUCGAAUUCCAGUAGGCUGUCCAAUUGAAGGUAUGGAAUCUGUGGUUGUGACUGUCAGUGGCUACCGUGGCACAGAAAGAUUCAACCUUAUCAAGAUGAUAUCUUAUACUGGCGCUAGCUAUGUGGGUGCAAUGUCAAGGUCUAUUACUCAUUUGAUUUGUUGGGAAUUACAAGGGAGGAAAUUUGAUCUUGCUAAGAAGUUCAGAACAAUAAUAGUCAAUCAUCGUUGGCUUGAAGAUUGCAUCAAACAUGGAAAGCUCUCUCUCUCUCUCUCUCUCUCACACACACACACGCAACACCCACCCCACAGCCACAGCCACAGUCACUUGCUGCUUGAAUGAUGGUGUUACUAAUAACAUUUUCAUGAUAGUUGAUGGCGGAAGAGAGGGGCUUGCUAGUUGAUACUCAGGGUUUUAACAAUGCUAUGGAUGAGGCGAGCGAAAGAUCAAGAAGUGCUCAAAA